UGGAAAGCAUAUUUGGAGAGGGGGAAGAGAAAGAAGAAGGGAGGGCUUAGUUUUUUUUUUUACACAUUUUAUAUAUAUAUGGCUCAUUUUCUGAGAUUUGUGAAGGAUUCUUAGUUUGGGUGGAUGAACUGCUGAGGCGCCUUCAGUCAAACUCAGAGACAAGGUUGAAGGCAAGUUAAACCGUACGAGCAGAGCAAGCACAGGAUCUUGGUUUGGUGCGAUGCUUUGAAGAACCGGUGCUUUACUGUGACAAGUUUGUCGAAGAGGGAAAUCAGAGAUCAGAGACAUGAUGAGGAUUUAUAUCUUGAUCUUCUUCUUGACUGUAUCAUGGAGCUCAACUAAAGGAACUAACUCAACCACCUCUGUGAUCUCAAAUACAACCACUCCAAAUGUGAAAGUUUAUGUUACCAAAAAAGCAGUUUUCAGUCUUGGGAGUAAUGUGGACCUGUACUGCAGUAAUAUGACAUGGACUGAGAUAAUGUUUGUUAUCUGGAACAUUGAACUGAAACACAAAACCUGUAGGAUCUCCUUCAGUGAUAAAGACCAAAGCAUUGACUCCUGCAACGAUGGAAAGUCUCUCCGAAACACUUCAGCUGGUCAGUCAUACCUGCACAUCCCAAACUUUUCAGCUGACGAGGUUGGGGAUUACAGGUGUGAAUCAGUUUACCAUGGAGGAAAUGAAUAUUAUACAUUUGAAGUGGCUGUCACAGCUCCUCCCAAAGUAUCUGCCUGGUUAGAGCGUAGGGACAACAAAAUGGUGGCGGUCUGCAGAGCUGAAAAAGGAAAUCCUGCUGCCAACAUCAGCUGGAGUCCUGCAGGAAAUGGUUCUGUGACACUGCAAGAUGAGCCAGAUGGAUUUGUAACAGUAGAGAGUUGGCUGGAGCUAUCUGGAGACAUGGAUCCAGAAAACCUGACAUGUGUUGUCCACCACCAGUUCUGGGCCAAGGAGAAGACUUUGGUACCAAAACUCAAAGAAGGUUUUCGGUUUUGGAUGCUCAUUUCUGUUAUUGGGGGGAUCAUUGUUCUUUUGGCAGUUUUCUCUGCCUUUGCAAUAAAGAAAGAUAUAUUUUCAAGACAAUGUCAACAGGCAGAGACACCGUCCAAAUCACCCCCGACAGAGGAUGUGGAGGAGGUGGAGCCUUAUGCUAGCUAUGUUCAACGAGUCAACUCAAUAUACAACUAAUCUGCAGAUAUGUUUGCAUAAAAUUCCUGUAGAUGCAACACGGUCGCACACUGAAAUGCACAUCUUUGGACUUUGUGAGAAAGCGAGGGCUGUGAAACUGAGAAAUGGUAAAAUAGUAAGAAGAAGAAGAAGAAGAAGUGAACAGAGUGAGAUCAAAGGUUUCCGGCAAGAGAGGGAAGCCUCUCGGUUGAAAGCCGUCCCAACAAGCAGCGCAGACUGAUGGAACAGGGGAUGUACCUGGGGUAACCCACAUGCUCCCAUUCACCAUAUAUGCUGCCCACUGCUCUCUGUGAGUAGGUAUCAUGGAGAACAUUAAUAAUUACUACAGAUGCAAUGAACCAAAGAGCUGGAAAGAAUGUCUCUGCAAGCCAGAUGGAGGAUUCAUUGACUACUAACAACUGUGGAUGUUGGCUGUAAAAUAUAUGUAAAAUAAUAUAAUUAUUUAUCAACUGAUAGGAGAUUUAAUAUUUUGGGAGAUUUACUGGGGGCAACCCAGUGAAAGCAGUGAACUUGUUCAUUUUUGAGACACAGUUGCCUUGUACAAUACUAUUUAAACUAUUAAUUACAUGUAAUAUACAUAAUUCUGUCUGUAAAUUUAUAUAUAUUGAACCAGCUAAUAUCUGUGUAGAAAUAGUUAACUGUGGCUCUAAAGACUGACUAAAGAUGUAAAGGAUGUAAAACACAAAGCCCAAACAUCUGUUAGUUGUUUUUUAUUUUGUACAGUAAGCUGUUUUUCAAUGUGGUUUGAUAUUUUAUUUGUCAAGAUGACUUUUACAUCCUUUAGAGAUACCUGCUGAUACUAAAGCUUUUUGUUCCAUUUGUCAGUCAUUUGUUGACAAGGACAAAAAGAGUUUUUAAUUAAAGGAGGGUUUGUGAAUUUUGUAGAGGUAUUAUUGGACUUUCACCAAUUACCUGAUUUCCUGCCACUUCAAAUGGCCUGCUGGAAUGUACUUUGUAGACGAAAUGAACUCUAGCCAAUAUACCAAAUCUUUCUUUAAACAUAUACAGUUGUUUUGCAGAGUAAUUAUCUAUUUCUAACUCUAACUUGUUAUUGUAGCGUUUGAAUGUAUGGAGCUAUGUGCAACUACACGUGACUCUCCUAUAAGAGACAAAUUAGAAGGUCAAUAAAGAUGAAUCAAUUUUCUUCCUUUA